GCGAGCAAGGUCUGUUUGUGGUGAAAACAAAGAAUGUUUAUUUGAUGUCGCUGUCACAGGAAAGACAAGUAUUGGCGAAGCAACUUUAAAAUCUUUUAAAGAACUACAAAUAAGAAAAAUGACUCCAUUGUUGUCGCGGCUCCUAUCUAUUUUGGUUGUGAUGGUAUUCAAGACAGUGAAAAUAAAACAGACUUUUGUGGUGUUUGUGGAGGUGAUAAUUCCACGUGCACAAAUUGUCAAGGUGUUGUCCAACCUGGGUUUAUUGCAAAUGUAACUUGUGGUGUUUAUCAAGAAUGGAGUGAAUGGAGUGUUUGUUUCAAGAAAAACGACAAAGAUACGAAAAUGAGAAAUCGAACUUGCUCUGAAGCUGGCCAAUGUGGAUAUCUUGGUGAAAACAUUCAACACAAGUCUUGCGAUGAUGAUAUUAACGAAUGCCUUUCUAAUCCUUGUAAAGUCAAAUGUACUGAUAAUGAAGGAUCGUAUGAAUGUCACUGUAGAGAAAGAUGCUCCGAUGUUGACAGUUUUUCCCUUAUAAUGGACAUAAAAUAUGCUGGAUUUGCUGGAGAUUUACUACAAAUUACGUGCAGUUUUAACGGUACAUCUACACCAAGUUUUGUAUGGAAAAAUGGUAGCCAAUUGCUCUCUUUCUCGGAAAGAAUAAAAAUUGAAACAAAUGGCAAAAUCUCAAAUCUUUUUGUUCGCAAAACACUAAAAACUGAUUCCGGUUUUUACCAAUGCAUCGCAAGGAAAGCUGAAUACAUCAUUUACAGCAAUGUCUCUAUUAAAGUAAAAGUCGCUCCAGUUGUGUCUGUUUUUCCACAUUCAAUAUCUACUAAAGAAGAUGACGUAGUGUUACUCACUUGUCAUGUGCUUGAAGGCGAUGAGAAAAAUAUAAAAAUUUUAUGGUUCAACAAGUCAUAUCCAAAAGUUCACAUGCAUCGAGGAAGACAACUUAAUCUUACAAACCUCGUCCAACUAACAGAUCGUAAAAGCUUUUCAGAAGAGUAUUGGUGCACUGCUAAAAACUCAGAUGGUAAAAAUCGAAGUCGGAACGUAAAAGUUGUCUUAGUGUCAAAAGUUUUCUGUAAAAGCUUGCAUUUUACAUUGAAAACGUAGGUUUCACUGACUUCUGCUCGAAAGAAUCAUCUGGUGGUUAUGUUUGGAAGAAAACUCCAGUUGGAUCAACUGUCGUUAUUGACUGCGGC